GAGAGAGAGAGAGAGAGUCAACAAAUGGUUCGCUGAAACUCAUUCAACAAGUUGUGUGAUCCUGAAUGAGUCGACUCCUGUUGUCAGUCCUGGCUGGUUUGAGUUCCAGAUGGGUUUCGGGAAGAGACGCGUUGGUUAGGGAGCAGCAGUCGGCAGGAGGAUGACAGUUUGCUGGCUGUUGACAAGCUCUUCUUCACCUGUGCGUGGUGUGAUCGCGAGUACCCAAGGCACUGAUGGACGAUCUGAACCGCGGCAGUCCGCAGCAGACAGCCGGAGAGGAGACGAGCUCCCCGGACAGUCACCAGUCAGAUGUCCGCUCCCAGAGGAGCGUAGCAGCGGUCAGCUCUCCUGCUCUGUCCGCUGCACGUCUCACCUUACCUGGGGUCAUGGACGCAGAGGGGAGGGUCGACGAGUCAAGACUGAGGAUGCAUAUUUUCAAAAACGGUGGCGUGUGUCCCUCUGAGCGUGGCCUGGUGUGGUGUUUCCUGUUUGGGAUGUACCCAUGCAGCUCGGCAACUUCAGAGCGGUCUCUGCUGCAGGAGCAGAUGGUUGUACGUUAUCGGGUCAUGAAGAGAAAGUGGCAGCAGUUCCUUCCUUCGGCCGUGCGGAUGCACCUCAACGGCACAGACGCUGAGUUGGUGGCAGCAGUCAGGUACUUUGACCAGAGGCAGACACAGGCCCAGCAACAGACCCAGGACCACUCAGAGGAGGUCAGGGACAGAUUGGCUUUCUUGGAGCUUCAGGCACAGAUAUUGUUUGAGCGGGUCACGUUUGAUCAAGAGGAGCUGCGGGAAGCCACACGGAUCAUUGACAAAGAUGUGCCGAGAACUAACAGAGAUCUGAACUAUUACCAAGGGGAAGGUUUGGGCAAUCUGUUGGUGUUGAGAGAUAUCCUCAUCACUUAUGCUGCUUUUCAUCCAGAGGUCAGUUAUGCCCAAGGAAUGAAUGACCUGUGCAGUCGGUUCCUGGAGGUUCUUGACUCUGAGGUCGACACUUUCUGGAGUUUCUCCUGCUACAUGGAGAAGUUCUCCAAGGACUUCCGGGCUGAUGGUCUGCACAGGAAAAUAGAGUUGGAGGCAGCCCUGUUGAAGGAACUGGACCCUCAGCUUUAUGCUCAUUUGGUCACAGACAGCAUGGAGAGCUUCACCUUCUGCCACAGGUGGCUGCUGCUGGGCUUCCAGAGGGAGUUUGAACACAGUGACGCGUUACGUUUGUUCGAGAUCCUGAGUUGUGACCACCUGGAGCUUAUCUCCCAGCAAGUAGACCGAGCCCGUUAUCAGGAAAGGCUGGCACGAAAAUGCAGCACAGAGGAUAAUUCAGAGUCACAGCUGAAGGCAAUCAACACUGACUUCACCUUUGAGCUCUUCAUCUGUGCAGCCAUCCUGUUAGAGAACAGAGAGUCUCUGCUGCGAUGCCGAGAUAACGUACAACUCAUCCAGUUUACCAGCAGCCUUCAGGGAACACUGGACCUGAACAGCACGCUGAAGAAAGCAGAGCACCAUUUGUACAACUACUGCAAGCGCUGUGCUUGGGACUAUAUGAAUGGGUGCUGCAGACCAGACAACAGCCAAGAAGAGGACUUUCUUUAUCAACUGCGUAGUUUACUUGUUUUAAAGUGAUAUCUACUAUUUAAAUACCUGAUGUCAAACACUCUUAUGAAACUGUAAUUUGGAAUAAGGGAUAUAUAAUCCCUAUUUAGAGUUCUCCACUAUGUUUUUAUUUCUGAGGGAAACACACUGAUGGCUGCUUACCUGAAGUCACUGCUGUUUAUUAUAAAUGUACAGUAUUUAUUGUAUGACAGUUGAACAACACCAACUGUGAGUUAUUUGAGUUACUCUCAUAAAAUGCCAUAAAACAGGAAAAGCUUAAACUCAAUAUCUUAGUAGGAGAUAGGAAUCCACGCUUUAAAGAAUUUGUUUUUCUGGGUUAUGCAAUAUUCAACAGCUAGAAAAAGCAACAACUAUUUGACAUGCAUGUGUGAAUACUAAGAUAUGGUGUGUCGCAACAGGUGGUGUCUGUAACGAACUGCAGUUAUAUUUAAUGCCAGAUGGCCUGUGUGUCAGAGAGGCUUAUGUAACAGGAAUAGACUUCCAGUUUUUUUAGCUCUGGCAGAGCGACCAUGCAGUAAGGGGAAGAAAAACGUACUGCACUACUGUGUCUUAAAUAGAGAACGAAUCACAUAUAAAUAAUUUGUUUUGUUCAUGCGUUAAAUGAAAAUCCCUUCAUAUUACUAACCAACUACAGGUAAUAAAUCAACUGGAAUAAAAAAGGUAUAAUCAAUUUGAAA